CGAUAGCAGAGACCAAAUGGCAGGAACAAAGAACCAGAGGGUUUCGUCUAUCAAACAAAGCAGCGGAAGUAAUGAUAUGCGAUUUUCGUAGGCUGGGUUGAGGUCUUUGCCCGCUGUGGUUCGUCCCCAUCCAGGAGUGCCUUGGCCAGAUCCAAUCGAGAUGCUCAAGUCUCUCCCAAGCAUAGAAGGCCCUAAGCUGAAGCCUUUCCAACGCGGCCGUGAUGUGGCAAUCCAGUUCCAGGGCCAAGUCGGCAGCGGAGCCCAUUCCUAUGUUUGGAAAGUCUCCAUUGACGGCCAAAUCUAUGCGCUGAAGAUGUUCCGCUUCACCCAUCCCAUAGCAUUCGCUCGAUGGCUGCAACCGGCCCGCCUCAAACAGCGCGGCGUCACCUGCACGGCCCAGAGAGAACUGCAACAGCUGGAGCCGUUCAGCUGCGAGUGCCGUGCUUUCGCCAGGCUGAAAGAGGCUGGCGAAGAAGCCGUUGCGGUCGGCUGCCACGGGUAUCUCCUACUCACGAGAAACCAGGAGGACGAGCUCGCGCGGCGAGGGCUGGACGACUGGGUAGACAGGUUCUACGAGGACGAGGAUAACUACCCCGUCGAGAGGGGUCCGAUCCGCGCUAUCGUCAAGGAAUACAUCGAGGACGGCGAGCCCUUCCGGCGGCCCAUGGUGCCCAGGAUGCAGCGCGACUUCCUCGCGCUGCACCGGUGCGGCAUCGCCCACAGGGACACGUGGGCCAAGAAGUUCCGGGGAGGCAAGGUCGUGGAUUUCAGCACCUCCUGGACGGUGCCGCACCACAUGCUCGAUCUCGCGGGCGGCGACAGGAGCCCGGGGAGGAUCUACGAGCACGCUGGCCUCGAUGCCAUUUAUUUCGACCGCAUGAUAGACGAAUGGAACGAGCGACACGGGUACAUGAUAUGGAGCAGGAUCACGCCCAAUGUGAUGUACUACAAGCGCCUGCGCGGCUGGAGAGGGAGAUGGGAUACUCGAUCUCUCAGGGAUAUGAUGAAAGUCCAUCCGGCAGAUUACGAUUGGGAAGCGCCUCCACACACAUCGAAAUAAGUAAGGGUGCAACUUCUUCUUUCCCAGCAUUUUCGGUCUCUAGUGAUGUAGACUAGACGUAUACAAGUAAACUGCAUUCGUUGCUGCUGCCUGAAACAAUGCUAGAAGAAAGCGUAUGGUAACGAUCAACUAAUCA